GGUCAGCUUCUCGUUAGAAGCCGCUGCUCGAGGAUUUUCGGAGACCCUCGCCGUUCCCGCCAUGGUUCCCAGCGGUCUCUGCAGACUGGUCCUGCUGCUGCUCUUCAGCCUCCUGGUCGUCUCUGUGCAGACAGAGACAGUGUUAAACCCCUCCUUAACCAGCAGGGACCACCAGGACACCAUGUCUGGAGACCCACCUGUUGAGGGUACCACCAAAACCCCUUUCCUGGUCUUCACAGGUCACCCUGUCACCGAAGAUUACGAGGACGCCACCCUGUCCCCGACCCUGGAGGAGGACGAAGGAGUUCUGGGACCGGGGGCCAUCACAGCCAUAGUCAUAGCCGUCUUCCUCGGAGCAUCGGUCCUCCUCGCUCUCAUCAUCAUCACAAUCAGGAAAUUCACCGCCUCCUAGGAUGAACACAUCUGACCUGUGUGUGUGUGUGUGUUUGUGUGUGUGUGUCUGUGUGUGUCUGUGUGUGUAUUUGUUACCUUGUAAGAUCCAUUUUUCUAAUACAUGCUACAUUGUGAGGACCAACUGUUCCAUAAGGGGCCCAAAGCCCCAUCCCCAUAAGAAGAAGUGCCGUUGGUGGGUUAGGGGUUAGGUUUAGGGUAAGGG